AUGACGACCUAUAUUAAUCAAUCUCAAGAACAGCCUGAAAAUAUACUCACAUCAGCCUCAAAAGAACACCCUAGUUCAAUUAUAUCUGAAAAUAGAGAAGAUAGUAUCAUUUGCAGUUCAAAAAAUUUAGAAAAUAUAGAAACUCCAAACGAAUCUGAGAAGAAUCAUGCAAAUAACCCUGAAAAUCCAAAUCCCCCUCUGCAGUGCCAAAUUGAUGAGCUAAGCCAACAAAAUUUAGAUUGUGGCACCAUCCUAUACAUUUAUUCAAAUAGCAUAACUCAUCCGAUUAUUUCUGGUCAUAAUGAGCAGAGCUUUGAAAAAUCACCAGCAUGCCUAGAUGAAAAUCCUGAGAGCUUAGCGGAUAAAACUAACCAAAUUAUAGCCUAUCCUCAGGCCAAUGCCGGCUAUUUAAAUCAACCCCCCGCAAAUCCUCCAGUAAUCAGCAUUAAUCAGCCAAAUCAGCAGCCACCACAACUGAGAGGCUUUUUAGACAAAUCAAGCAUGAAAACUCAAAGAAACGACAGGCGAUCUUUCAUUAUAAAAGUAUACACGCUUCUUUUAUUCCAAUUAAUCAUAACAGCUGUUUUUGUAGGCAUUGUCUGUGGAAUUAGUUAUUUGCGGGAAAAAAUUAAAAAAUAUUGAUGGAUGGUUAUUGCAUGCUGGGGUAUGACUUGUAUAAUAAUGAUUUUGAUAUUUUGCUAUAAAAGGUAUUCAAAAAUGUACCCAUAUAAUUAUAUAGCUUUAUUACUAUUUACUUUAUUUGAAUCUUAUAUGGUAGCUUUUAUAUGUGCUUUUUAUGAACCAAUUAUAAUAAUUUGUGCAGCUGUGUGCACAAUUGUGAUAGUAUUCGCUUUAACAAUUUAUGCGUGAAAAACCAAGCGAGAUUUUACUCAAGGCAGAGGUGCAUUAGUGGUAAGUAUUGUGUCAUUGUGCAUAUUUGGGUUUAUGAUGAUUUGGCUUUAUAGUAAGCCUUUGCAUACGCUAUAUUGUUUUAUAGUUAUACUAGUGUUUGGUUAUUUUAUAGUCAUUGAUACACAAUUAAUUGCAGGAGGAAAAUACUGCGAAUUAACAUAUGAUGAUUACAUAGCUGGGGCACUAUUUUUGUAUGUAGACAUUGUUAUAGUGUUUAUGUAUAUUCUUGCUGCCUUACUCUCUGCAAGCUAUUUGAAAUUAUAUAAAAUUAUGUUUGAUCUUGCUAUAUUAAUUAUAAGUUUUAUAUUAAAACUUUUUUGUUAGUCUCGAAAUAUCAGCUUCCUAAAAAUAUUUUUCAAUUGUUUUGAUUAUUUAAGGAGAACCGGAGUUAGGGGAUAAUAAAGAUAAUUUGCAGAAUAAUCAACCACCUGUAUUUGAAAUUUAA